AUGGCGACGGUGGUGGUUACAAUGGAUCUGGAUGAAGCGACGUUCCUUCACUACAGUAAACUGGACAUUCCAUCGCAGACCUGUUGCCCCGGCCGGAAAAUCCCAUCGCAGACCUGUUGCCCCGACCGGAAAAUCCCCCCGCUGAUUCGCUGGCGACCAGCGCUGCUGCUUACUCCUCUCGGUCAAACAAGUAAUCAUGUCGCACUUUGGAAGAGCAGGCCCACCGGACAUCACAGACACCUAUUCGCUACUCGUUCUCAACAUCACCUUCCGUCAACUGCUGAUGAUUUGUUUCCCCUUUUUUAUAAGUACGGAAAGGUUGUUGAUGUAUUCAUCCCCAGAGAUCGCAGGACUGGAGAUUCUCGGGGGUUUGCUUUUGUUAGGUAUAAGUAUGCAGAUGAGACUCAGAAGGCAGUGGACAAGCUUGACGGAAGAGUUGUUGAUGGCAGAGAGAUAAUGAUUUGUAACGAAUUUAAUGAAAACCGCGUACGGCCUGUUUUUUCCGGUCCGGAUCGCGAACCCGUGGCGCUUGGUUUGAUUUUGUACCCGAGUUCGUUACGGGUGAUCUGGUUCGCGAUACGGGCAGAGGGGGUCUGUGAUUCUUGUGAUUAUGGCUAAUAUGCAUAAAUAUUA